AAACAGUGUUUUCUUCUAGACCUCAGAGUCACCUGCCUCCCUGUCCCCCGGGGUGCAGAAGGGUGAGGGGCCUGAACGGGAACCUGUGUUUCCUGUCUCACCCGUGAACUGGGACACGCUGACCUGUCUGCUUGGAAUGGACGGUCAGCGGACAGGUGGCCUGAGCCCGUGGUCACGGCCAUUGGUUCCCAGAUCAGCCUCGGCCCCGCCCUGCCCCUGACCACAUCUGACUCUCAGGGGGCCAUGACUUCAAUCUUGUCCACCUGCCCCACUGGACUGUGGGUUCCUGCAAGCAGCUCAGGGGUGUCCUGGGUCCCCCCAGCCUAGCGCUGUGCCUGCCAUAUGCUAGGGACUCCCUAAGUCUAUGGGGGACCAGUAACGACUGAGGCCUCACGGAGGAGCCCCUCUUCAGGGGCUGUGCUAUUCACAAUAGCCCCAGGUUCUAGAUCUUUCUCGGCUCUCCUUCCUAAAAGCUUACCAGGCUGGGACCCCGGCCUCAGAGGCAGGGAGGAUCCUGGUCUUACACCCCAAUUUGUGUUAAGGUCUCCAAGCCUGUGGAACAUGAUGCAUCUUUCUUGUGGGCAUAUUUUAUCUGCUGCUGGUGUCUUGGCCCAGUGGAGUGACCCAUGGAGUUGUCAGGCUGGUGGAAGAGGUUUGGGGUCCUCGACCACAUCCCAGAGAAACUCGGGUAUGAAACACACCUAGCCAAAAGCCUUCCCACCACCCCGAAUCCAGACACGCUGGAGGGAGGGAGCAGGCGGAGGGAGCCUGCCUGAGCAAGCACUCCGCCUUCUCUCUCGUCCCCACGCGGCCCUGGCCGCCUCCUCGGCUCCACAGCUGGACCACGAAUCGGGACAGCUGAGUCUGAGUGGGGAUGGAGGCUGGAACGUCUCUGCCGGGGCAGCCGGGGCCCCUCUGUCCCCUCCCCAGCCCAGGUAACCUGAGCCCGGCGUUUUGUCCACCCUGGAGCAGCUGACGGCGUUGUGGUCGGACAGCUGGUGGGGCCGGGCCAGCCCGGCUGGGGUGGGAGCGUGGGCUGCUACACGAGACCCAGCGUCUGCGUCUCUUGGCCUCAGACCCGGGGAGCUGCCGUCCCACCCCUGGCACCGCGGAGAGCUGGGCACCAUGCACAGGGCUCAGGGGCCACUGUUCCUCCUGCCGCUGCUGGCUGUCUGCCUGGGAGCCCAGGGCCGGAACCAGGAGGAGCGGCUGCUGGCGGACUUGAUGCGCAGCUACAACCCCCACCUGCGGCCCGCCGAGCGUGACACGGACGUGGUCAACGUCAGCCUGAAGCUCACCCUCACCAACCUCAUCUCCCUGAAUGAGCGUGAGGAGGCCCUCACCACCAACGUUUGGAUAGAGAUGCAGUGGUGCGACUAUCGCCUUCGCUGGGACCCACAAGACUACGAGGGCCUGUGGGUGCUGAGGGUGCCGUCCACCAUGGUGUGGCGGCCGGACAUCGUGCUGGAGAACAACGUGGACGGCGUGUUCGAGGUGGCCCUCUACUGCAACGUGCUCGUGUCUCCGGACGGCUGCGUCUACUGGCUGCCGCCCGCCAUCUUCCGCUCCUCCUGCCCCGUCUCAGUCACCUACUUCCCCUUCGACUGGCAGAACUGCUCCCUCAUCUUCCAGUCCCAGACCUACAGCACCAACGAGAUCAGCCUGCAGCUGAGCCAGGAGGGCGGGCAGACCAUCGAGUGGAUUUUCAUCGACCCCGAGGCCUUCACAGAGAACGGGGAGUGGGCCAUCCGGCACCGGCCGGCCAAGAUGCUGCUGGACGCUGCGGCCCCGGCGGAGGAGGCGGGCCACCAGAAGGUGGCCUUCUACCUGCUCAUCCAGCGCAAGCCCCUCUUCUACGUCAUCAACAUCAUCGCGCCCUGCGUGCUCAUCUCCUCCGUCGCCAUCCUCAUCUACUUCCUUCCGGCCAAGGCGGGCGGCCAGAAGUGCACUGUCGCCAUCAACGUGCUCCUGGCCCAGACUGUCUUCCUCUUCCUCGUGGCGAAGAAGGUGCCAGAGACCUCCCAGGCCGUGCCCCUCAUCAGCAAGUACUUGACCUUCCUCCUGGUGGUGACCAUCCUCAUUGUCGUGAAUGCUGUGGUCGUGCUCAACGUGUCCUUGCGGUCCCCCCACACACACUCCAUGGCCCGCGGGGUCCGCAAGGUGUUCCUGCGGCUGCUGCCCCAGCUGCUGCGGAUGCACGUGCGCCCGCCGGCCCCGGGGUCUGCGCUGGACGCCCGGCCCCGGCUGCAGAAUGGCUCCUCCUCGGGGUGGUCAGUGUUGGGCGGGGAAGAGGCGGCCCUCUGCCUGCCCCGCAGUGAGCUCCUCUUCCGGCAACAGCGGCGCAACGGGCUGGUGCGGGCAGCGCUGGAGAGACUAGAGAAAGGCCAGGAGCCAGGGCAGGGCCAGGACCUGUGCGGCAGCCUGAAGCAAGCCGCCCCGGCCAUCCGGGCCUGUGUGGACGCCUGCAACUUCGUCGCCCGGGCCCGACGCCAGCAGAGGCACUUUGCCAGUGGGAACGAGGAGUGGCUCCUGGUGGGCCGCGUGCUGGACCGCGUCUGCUUCCUGGCCAUGCUCUCGCUCUUCGUCUGCGGCACCGCCGGCAUCUUCCUCAUGGCGCACUACCACCGGGUGCCUGCUCUGCCGUUCCCUGGGGACCCUCGCCCCUACCUGCCCUCGCCCGACUGAGCCAGCCAACGGCUGUUAGCCGUGCAGAGUCUUGUCAGCUGCGUUCUUCCACCGAGCUCACGAGUGUGCUCUUUGGGAAGCAGCCUUCAGGGCCGUGGAAGCCCAACAGCCCUGA